AUGCCGAUGGUCCUGUCAAAGUGCAGAAUCUUUGGGGCAAGCGUCCAUGGAAUAUUCCCGACAAAGGCAAAAGUCGCCGUGCCGUUCCUCACGCAGCCCUGCAUUCUGCGGUUACACCUCCAAGCGGGAGACAAGGCCGAACUAACAAAGGCUUUCACGCAACAAGAUGUUCUCACCUUUUCUGACUUAACAGGGGACACAAACCGAUUACACUUGGAUGAAGAAUACGCAAAGGGGACCAGGUUUGGAAGAACGGUGGUACACGGUGUUCUGAUCAACGGACUUAUCUCUGCUGUACUGGGCACGAAAAUGCCAGGCCAUGGCUGCAUCUUUCUGUCUCAGGAAAUUGCUUUUCCAGCCCCUCUAUAUGUUGGAGAAGAGGUCUUGGCGGCAGCAGAAGUGAAGAGACUGAGGAGAGGGCUUGCAUAUAUUUCAGUGUCAUGUACAGUUACCAAAAGUGGCAAGACGGUUAUGGAGGGUAUGGUUAAAGUUAUGGUGCCGGAAGAUCAGAACUCCAAGUCCUGACC